AUGAGCACCAGUUUAGUAAUACUUCAAAUACUUAUAACGCGAAUAUUAGCAAAUGGUUUUCAACUGGAUUAUGCUAUAAAAUCAGAAAGUUGGUGUAAAUUACGUGCAUAUUUUGUAAUUAUGGCGGCGUUAAUAUCAUUAACAAUGGAAACAUUUUCAACUAUCGAUAGAUAUUUUUCAACAUGUAGAGAAGUAAAGAUGAGAAACCUUAGUUCAAUGCGCACUGCAAAAUUCCUUGCUGCUUGUUCUGUUCCCAUAUGUUUAGUAAUUAAUGUACCAACACUUAUUUAUUAUGAUAUUUAUUUACUUGGUGGUCAACCUGUAUGCUUAUCUGUUAAUGCAAUAUACAAUUCUUAUAUUUCAUAUAUUUAUUCACCAAUAUUGAUUGGUAUGUUACCAUUUUCAUUGAUGAUUUUAUUUGGCCUUCUCACAUGUAGGAAUAUUCAAAUCAUUGGACGUCGACGGACUGAUGCUAGCGUUAUUACUAGUGUUACCGGUGGUGGUGUUAUCGGUGGUGGUUCUAGUGUUCAAUCAGUUUCAUCACGACGAAUGGAUGCUCAGUUAACAUCAAUGUUUUUAAUGAAUAUUAUUGUGGUUAGUACCGCUGUGUUCCCUUAUUCAGCAUACAAUAUUUAUUCGGCUAUAACAUUAAACUUUCAAAAAGAUUCAGAUCGACGAGCAAUAGAAGGUUUUAUUGCGCAGACCGUAUUAUUACUAUGGUAUGUGAAGUACAGCUCCAGUUUUUAUGUUUUUAUUUUCACGUCAAAAUCGUUUCGACAACAGGUGAAAACUUUGCUUAUGGGACGAGAAAUAGCAAACAAACUAACAGAAAUACGCACACAAACGCAAUCUGUAGUACCACCAGGAAACUAACGUUGUACGUAUACAUUUAAUUUCAUGUUGUGCAAGGUGCGUGCAAUUUAAAAAUGCAGCACUAUCGUAACUUUCGGUCACCAUUCGAUCAUAUCAUUCAGGUGUAUGUCUACUGCAACUCUUUUGUUGUUGUUGUUACAAGCCCUCAUGCUUUUUGAUGUACCUCCUUUGACACAAUGUAACAUCUUUUAUUAUUACUUUCUGUUUGUUGUCAAUAAAUAUAAAAGAAAGAAGAAAGAAAG